AUGCACGCGCUCAACACCAGUCUGCCCCACUCAUCCCAGUCCACCGAAAACUCCCCUGCACCCCGCAGCCGGGGCCUUCGGCAACGCCGAGAGAGGCUCGCGCGCGUUGCAGGACCGAUACGCACAAGACCGGGAAAUCGGCGCUGUCCUACAACUCAGCCGCUGGAUGCGACCGACUGGUGCUGCCAUGCCCACGACUGCUGCUACAGGAAGCUGUCUUCCCCCCGCUGCAGUCCCAAACUGGUCACGUACAAAUACUCCACUCGGAGCAGCCAGAUAACCUGUGGUUCUGGGACUUGGUGCCAAAGACAGAGCUGCGAGUGCGACAAGCGCGCGGCAGAGUGCUUCCAACGGACGGCCCGGACCUACCGCAACUCUUACAAGAAUUACCCCAAUUUACUGUGCAAGGGCCCAACUCCCUCCUGCUAG